AUGGUUAUCCUUGCCCGGGUCUCGCUACUUCUUGUCCCGUUACUGGGGACUUUAUCUCAUGCACUUCAGGCCGAAGACUAUCCCUCAACCUGCGUCGAUGCCUGCGACGGCAUAGAGCCGGAUCCGAGCGACACGAGUUAUUACUGCGACUACUGCAUCUGCAAGAACAAAUUGCUAGGAUGGUCCAAUUUCCAACCGACCGACAACUUCACCGACAUGUUCACCGACUGGGUUCCGCUGGGCGGCCUCUGUCCGAAAGAUUGGCUCUGUACCUGGGCGAACUGGACCGACAAUGGAUUCAACCCCACUUAUAGCAAACUUGUCUAUCCACCCAACAAUGGCUUCAAUGGCUGUCCCAAGAAUGUGAGUCUAGGUGUUGGCACCUUGGUGGACCGCUUUGGCACGCAAAAUGGCAGUUAUCUCGCCCCGGCGGACGCUCCGUACGGAGAGCGAUCCAUCGGGCCAAGCAGUCUGAACAAGUACAAUGGUAGUACCAUGUACAACUACUGGAGAUUCAAUGUGACUGAGGAGUUUGUGGCUUUGGGUGGGGAGAUUCUGCCGUGGUAUGGUCAGCCUGGAGGUGGCUGGCAGUGGUAUGCGAAUGUCACCCAGUUGCAAAUUGACGGCAAGCUUAAGUUGGUCGGGGCGACGACUUUUGGGGUUAAUGAAGCUUGGGAGGCUGCUGGGCCGAUGGAGAGAGUCUAUGGUCUUCAGGAUUAUUAG